CGGAGCUGUAGCGGUGAAACCCCACAUUUUUGGGUUUAUAAGCAUACAGUAUACACGAUGCUACUGCAGUGGAAAUAGGACAUCGAGACAGAACCGGCCACAGAAUGUGUGUAUACAACCUGCUUGUCCUGUCAUCUGACAAUAAGUGAUGUCAUAACUGUCACAAUGACUUUGUGUAUAUAGGAUUACCCGCCAGUGGAAAAGAGCAACACAGGACAUGUGUCUGAACUGUGGACACCUUUGGGAUAUUUGACGACAGGAUAGUGAUAGCUGUUUUUCCAGUGAACUCUCUGUUGAUGUUUAUAUAUUAAUAUAUACAUACAGGCAUACAGAAAUGCGCAUUAAAUGAACAGCAUUAUUUUUAUCGAACGACAAGCUGUACCGACAGCUCAUAUACUAUCACCAAGUCGACAUGAUGCAUUGAUCUUGGCCUGAGGUCGACGUGAAGUAGUUUCCAGAGCUUCCAGACAAGGUCAAACUCAGGUUUGAGAAUCUUAUGUGGACUGCAACGAUGUUAUUCAGUAGUACCUUGAGGGUACUGAACAGUCGCUUCAAGGCGAGGACUGCCACCGUGCUGCUGUGUGUGUCGUUAUUUUUCACUUUCUCGACUUUGUUCAGGUUACCGUCUCAGCCAGCGUUGACAGAGAGCCCGCAUCGGACAUCUCAGGGCACAGUGAAGGCCACAGGACUCCCGCCAUGCCGGUAUCCAGACCCAGGACUAGUCGGUAAACUCCGUCCACAGCUCACGUCAUUACCCCUCUCGUUGAGAGACCUCUCUGAAAAGUUCCCAGAUAUACGUGGCGGCCACUGGAAACCAAGUGAUUGCGUCCCACAGUUCCGAGUGCUGCUCAUCAUACCUUUUAGGGAUCGGUGGCUCCAUCUAUCGCAAUUUCUGGAUCAUUACAUACCUAUUUUACAACGGCAAAAGAUCGAUUUCAGGAUAGUUGUGUCGGAACAGAAUGGAACAGAUAGUUUCAACAAGGGUCGCGUAAUGAACGCUGCCUACCUGGAAUCGAAUAAAGAAUUCGGCUUUGACUGCGUCAUUUUCCACGACAUAGAUGCCCUACUGGAAGAUGACAGAAACCUAUAUGUGUGUCCCAGUACUCCCCGGCACCUAGCACCUGCCGUCAGCAGGCAUAACUAUACGCUAAAAUAUCCCUCUCUAGUAGGCACAGCGUUGGCAUUUCCCAAUAAACAUUUUGAAAAGGUGAACGGUUUUAGCAACAGCUUCUGGGGUUGGGGCGGCGAGGACGACGAGAUGGCAAAACGAAUUUUAGCGUCUGGGCUUAUCAUUGAGAGGCCACCCACAGAUAUUGGCCGAUAUACGUUGAUAGAACACACGAAAAACAAAAGAGUAUUACAAAUGGAAAUUCAGCAACAUCUGAUACAGGCGACGCAGUUCCGCAUGUUCUUUGACGGAAUCAGUACUGUGAAAUAUAAGGUGCUUGCGAAAAAUGUCACUCCACUUUUCGUGCACUACAUAUUCGACAUAGGCAGUUUAGAUCCCUUUGAACUACGGCGUCUGUACCAAAGUGCUGAACGGAAUAGACGAUUUCUACAGCGCCGAUAUAUAUGGCGUUAAUCUCGGGGAAUUUUAGUAAUUUAUGGUGCUUUUUUAAGUACAGUUUUCCGUAUUUAUUUGACAAGUAGGCUAAUUAUGAAUUGUACAUUUUUCUGUGAAUAUCAGGGACAGAAACAGAAACACAGAAUUGCACACAGGGUUAACAGAUGUUAAUCAGGACAUGAACUUCUUUAUGAUUGGUGUUUUCGGCGUCCUAACGAGGUGGCAUUAAACUUCCGUGUGACAUUGUUUUGAUCAUAAGUUUUAACUCAAAAGUUGUUUCAUUGUUGAAUAGUUUGCUGUCAUUUGACGUCCGGUAAUUCAAGUCAAAGUGACGCUUAAGGCAUAUAGCAUUACACGAGAGAAUCUCUUGGUGCUAUUUUCAUUGUGCAUUGAUUUAUUCUUGAUAUUUUACUAGCCAUCUCUACAGAAGGUAUUUGAAUAACAUUGGUGCUACAUGUAUAUUAUUUCCUCCAUUUACAAUGCCACGUAAGUAUUCUAAAUAUUAAUU